AUGUCAAUAGAUCUAAACUGGGAGACGCUCACCACGGGCCCCGAUGGCGAGGCGCUGGCCCUCCGGAUCCGCGACUUCAUCCACACAAAGUUUCAGGCGGUUCCACUGCCGCGCUUCAUCAAAUCCGUAAAGGUACACGACUUUGAAUUCGGCGCCAUCGCGCCCGAGCUGGAGCUCAAGGACAUCACGGACCCUCUGCCGGAUUUCUACGAAGAGAACCCAGACAUUGAGGACGACGAGGAAGAAGAUGAGGACGUCCCCGAGCCAACGCCGCCGACACCGCAGCAGGUGCCCAGCGAGCUGAGGGCGGCUGAGAGGAGGAGGCAGAUGGAGGAUAUCUCGGUGCCGCCGAGACUGAGAACGCAUCCGCUCCGCGGCCAGUCUGGCGACUUUCCGAGCCCGUUCUUGGGGGUGUCAACGCCGGGGAUUCUGGGCGGGACGUCGAAUUUGCAUUAUUUUCAGUCCCAUCUCGGGACGGGGUGGUCCGGCACGCAGACGCCUCUCGCGGCGGUAGCUGGCGCGCAUAUGGGUAACAGGCUGGACACCUCGGCCGUCGUGUCGCCCGUGAGCUCGCCGCUGCUCAAUGGCUACUCGCCGAGCCACAGCCGUCAUGCCUCGUUGAGCUCGAUAUCGCCCAGUGACUUCAACCCGGCGGCGUUUGCCCAGCAACAGCAGCUGCAAGACCUGCGGGAGAAGGCGAGCGUAUCGACGUUGGCACCCACAUCCGCCGGGGCGUCGCGGCCGCCGACAAGGGAUACACACGUCCCUACCGAUUCUGCGCCGAUUCAGGAGGAAGACGACGAGGAACAGGACGAAAACGCGCCGCGGUUCCGGGAGCCCAGGCCAGAGGAUCUGCAGGCCGUCUUCAGGAUCCGGUACGCGGGCGACGUGCGGCUGCGGCUGACGGCCGAGAUCCUGCUCGACUACCCGAUGCCCAGCUUUGUGGGGAUUCCCGUGCAGCUGAGCGUGACAGGUCUCACGUUUGACGGGAUCGGCGUGAUGGCGCAUAUCCGUAAGAGGGUGCACUUUUGCUUCUUGAACCCCGAGGACGCUGCGACUGCGGUUGGUGUGGACGAGGCGGGACCCACGGAGCCUGGGAAGAGGUUUGGCGGGCUGUUGCAGGAGAUCCAGGUCGAGAGCGAGAUUGGGUUGAGGGACGGCGGGAAGCAGAGCCUCAAGAACGUGGGCAAGGUGGAGAGGUUCGUGCUGGAGCAGGUGAGGAGGAUAUUCGAGAACGAGUUUGUGUAUCCCAGCUUCUGGACGUUUUUGGUGUAG